AUGUUGAAAGUAUCUAAAGGAUUUGUAAGGUUCUCCAGCACGCUAGGAUCAGCUGGUGUAGAGAGCAUCGGUGGUAACAAAUUCGUGCCUAGGGUUAUUUUGCACACGAUGUUUAACAAGGAUUGUACGUCAAUUACGUUCAGGGACAAAGAAACAGAUCCGCCUGAGACGGUAUCGUUUUCUAACCUGUUUUUGAGAGAUUCGUCAAGAAGUGCAAAAUCUACUGAUAAAGCCUCGGGACAGAAACUUUUUACCACCGGACAACUUCUAUCAAACCCGCAAGCAACGACUCCUUCACAGGUAAAUGUCACAACCGAUUGUCAGGGGCUUACUAUCAAGUGGCAGGACGGUGACGAAUAUACUUAUCCGCUAGAAUUUAUUGUCAGGUAUUCCAGAGGGCUUUUUGAUGGGAAAUCUGGGGUACUGUCACCGUUACUGUGGGAUAAGAAAUUGUUGAAAUCGAAUAUUAAAGAACUUUUAUCGACAAACUACGAAUCUCUUAUGAAUGGUACCGAUCUUAAGCCUUUGUUUCAAAUGUUGCAGAAUUUACAAAAAUAUGGGAUUUGCUUUGUCUCUAAUAUCCCCACUGAAACCAGAUCUGAUGCUCACGUCAAACGCAUCGCAGAACGCAUCGGGAAUAUACAGCACACAUUUUAUGGAGAAACCUUCGAUGUCGUGAAUAAAGGUUCACCAGAAAAUAUUGCUUACACUUCUCGAGCAUUACCGCUUCACCAAGAUUUGUUAUACCUGGAAUCGAUACCUGGAUGGCAGCUUUUGCAUUCGAUUCAUAACUCUGAUGGCGCUGGAGAUGCUGGCAUGAAUUUCUUUGUUGAUGCCUUCUACGCGGCCCGUAUUAUUCGCGACACCGAUGCAGACGCUUACGAGGCGCUGAAACAUGUACCCAUAAACUACCACUACAUGCGUGAUGACAAAAGAUACCAAGAGGCGAGGCCAGUGAUUGUGGAAAAUGACAUGACAACGGAUAACACCAUGCCCUCGAACUAUGGCGAUCUGAUCAAACAGAUAAAUUAUUCUCCACCUUUCCAAGCACCGUUCUCAUUUGGAAUAUGGGAAAAACCAAAGGGUGUUGACCUCUCAACUCCUAGCAGCAAACUGACCGAGCGGCUCUUGUUUAAAGAUUUUGCUAGGAGACUCGCCCUGUUCGAAGAAAUUAUUAACAAACCAGAUAAUCAAUUUCGAGUCAAGAUCCCAGAGGGUACCUGCGUGAUUUUCAACAACAGAAGGAUUUUACAUGGAAGAACGGCAUUUUCCGGAACUAGGCAUUUGAAGGGCUGUUAUGUCGAUGACGAUAGUUUCAAGAGUAAGUUGCGUUAUCUAUCUGAAAAGUUUAUGUGA